AUGGCAUUAUGUCAUGAGGUAGCACUCGAAAAAGCCAAUUGUUUUCUGAAGGUUUGCAUUGUUUCGCUUUUCUAUUUCCAUGCCAUUACAUGCUGUCACCUUAUCUUGAUAGAGAUGUCGAUAUAUCAUUCCGCCGCAACAUGCAACAAGAUAUUCGAAAAGAUGUGCGUGAGACCGCCGGAGAAGACACAAGAUGAGAAAUUUCCAUACAUUUCGUCUUCUAAGGGGUUUCACUUUUCGAGGAUUGCUUUCAACCAAAUACCCACUGGAGAAACGGCAAAUUUCGGCGGUGUUGGUUCGCAAAUCAAGCCUUUCCAUGAUGGUGGUUUUAAUGUCAUGAUUUCCGUUCCCGAUUUUUCUGUUUUACUUUUGUGAGCAGCAAGUGACGUCAUAUGCGUUUGUACUUCUGUAUGAUACCAUCGUAUCGUAUAUCCGUCAUAUUUUUCACCUCUACCGGCUGAUGAGUCGUCGACAGCACGGUUGGCCGUAGAUUGCCGAGCGCGCGCUCAGACGCUUGUACUGCGUGAGUGUACAAGAUGCUUUCGCGGUGACAUGUCAGCCGCGCCGCGGGCAGUCUACGGCUAUUCGUGCAGUCGACGACUCGACGGAGUCUAUAAACCCACAUUUGAGCUUCUUGUGCGUGUACAAAUUUGUGUAUAUUUUUUUCGAUGACAUAUUUGAAUCACAAUCCGACUGUCAGUCCGUUUUUGCAUACUACUUACGUUGUGGUUCUGUUUCUGUUGACUCUUUCUCUUUCGUAUGCCUUUUUGCAGCCGUGUUUACUCUAGUAUGAAUUCUCUAGCAUGACCAUGGAUGGCUUCACGCGAAUUAGUCGAACAGCCUUCCGAGGGUUUGCUUUUGCAAAAG